UCAGAAUUCAAUUAAAUUUCCAAGGGGACCGCCGAUCUUAAUUUAUUUCAGAAUAGUCCCUUAAUUUAUGCUCAGUUGAACUAAGGUCAUGUUUGGCAAUAGAGUUGCACUCAGUUUAACUCUAUUACACAUUUUUUAAAAUUUCAAAAAGACUCAAAUUUUUAAAAAAAUUUCAAUUUUGCCCCAACCUUUUCUCUCUCCUCUGCACGUUCACUGUUCAUCUUCCUCUUCUCUACCCCCUCCACUGUUCAUCGCCCCAAACCCGCCCUCUCUUUCGACUCUGCAAGAUUCGCCUCGAUCCCGCCCUCUCCUCAGGCCGAGGCUGCAGAAGCAUCAACAGACUCGCGGAGACGGAGGCGCUCAGUGAGCGAGUCUCGGAGGGAGGUGAAGUGCGAGUCAAUAUCGGACCUGGCGAGGGAGAAGGAAGGGAGGACAGAGGGGAAGCUCGCCUGAAGAGAAGAAGAUGAAGCCGCCAUCCUCGCUCCACAAUCACAAUUGAAGGCUCAACCGGUGUCGAUCUUCAGAUUUGGGGCUCGGUUGAGAUUCACAGAGAGAGACAGAUUGCAAAAGAGAGAGAAGUCGGGAAGGAAGAGAGAGAGUGAGUGAGAGGGUGGGGCAUAUUUUGAAAAAUCUUAAAAAUCUAGGCCAUUUUAUAAUUUUCAAAAAGUUUGGAGUUGAGUUAAACCAUACUCCGCUCAAUUUUCCUCUUCCGUCUUUUUACUGUUCUCUUUUGGCGCUUUUUUCUUUUAUUUCCUCAACUCUCCGGUCGUCUUGUCGCUGAGCGAGUCGCCGUAGAGAAGCUCCGGCGUAUCAGUACACUGAACAGUGCUCUGGAUCUCCCCGGCAAUGAGCAGCUGAUUCGAAUUCCUCUCACUUCGAAAGCUCCCCAUUGCAUCGAUGGAGCCGGCGGCGGCGAUGCCUUCAACUCCUCGCUGGAACGUCGAAAGGCCUUUCCUCACCGGCCGCUUUCACCAGGAAGUGAAAGGAACAUCUCGGCUCGCACACGAUUCUCAUAGUGUUGGAUCGAACGAGGCCAUAGGUUGCUAUGAUGCUUCGGUUCAGGAGCUUAUUGUCAUCGAUGACCUCCUAUCUGCUUUGGUUGGUAUCGAGGGGAGAUACAUUUCGAUCACGAGAAUUCGUGGGAAGGAUGAUGAGGUUUCCUUCCAAAUUGAUGCAUCCAUGGAUUUGACACUACAAGAAAUGGCUAAAAGGAUAUUUCCUCUUUGUCAAAGUUUUCUUUUAAUUAGCCAAUUUGUGGAGUCAAGAUCUCAGUUCAAGAAUGGAUUAGUUAAUCACGCCUUUGCUGCCGCUCUCAGAGAACUCCUCCUAGAUUACCAGGCAAUGGUUGCACAACUUGAACACCAGUUUCGACUCGGAAGACUUUCCAUACAAGGGUUGUGGUUUUACUGUCAGCCCCUUAUGGUGUCCAUGCAAGCAUUAUCAGUGGUGAUUCAGAAGGCUUCAGCUAAUAAUUACACUGGUUCUGCAGUUCUUAACCUGUUACAGAGUCAGGCGAAGGCCAUGGCUGGUGAUAAUGCAGUAAGGUCAUUACUAGAAAGGAUGACUCAACGUGCAAACAAUGCAUAUCUUGGUAUAUUGGAAAGAUGGGUCUAUGAAGGAGUAAUCGAUGACCCUUAUGGUGAAUUUUUUAUCAAGGAGAACAAAUCUCUUCUAAAGGAAAGCCUCACUCAGGAUAGCGAUGCUAAAUUUUGGAGUGAGCGUUACAGUCUCAAGGAUGGAAUCCCUAGCUUUUUGGCGAAUAUUGCCGGGACAAUUUUGACAACUGGGAAAUAUCUAAACGUCAUGAGAGAAUGUGGACACACUGUUCAGGUCCCAGUGUCAGAGAAUUCAAAAUUCAUGAGCUUUGGUGCGAAUCAUCACUAUCUUGAAUGUAUAAAAGUUGCGUAUGAUUUUGCCAGUGGAGAACUCCUAAAUCUCAUCAAAGAAAAGUAUGACUUGGUUGGAAAGCUGCGGUCCAUAAAGCAUUAUCUUCUUCUUGAUCAGGGUGAUUUCUUGGUUCAUUUCAUGGAUAUAGCUCGAGAUGAACUCAACAAACAACUUGAUGAGAUAUCAGUGGAGAAGCUUCAGUCUCUGCUGGACCUUGCUCUACGUACAACUGCAGCUGCAUCAGACCCCUGUCAUGAAGACUUAACCUGUUGUGUUGAAAGAUCCCCUUUGCUGAAAAGAUUAAGCGAUCUCGAGCUUCAUGACACUGUAUCUGAUGGGAAAGGCUCGGAGGAGCCUGUCAGCGUAACAGGGCUUGAAACAUUUUCUCUCAGUUACAAGGUUCAGUGGCCAUUAUCUAUUGUGAUAUCAAGAAAAGCCUUGACAAAGUACCAGUUGAUUUUUCGGUUUCUUUUCCACUGCAAACAUGUGGAACGCCAACUUUGUGGAGCUUGGCAAAUGCAUCAGGGUGUCCGUGCUCUGAACAGUCGUGGAACUGCCAUUUCUCGAUCCUCUCUUCUGUGCCGAAGCAUGCUUAAAUUUAUUAAUAGCCUUCUACACUAUCUAACAUUUGAGGUCCUUGAACCUAACUGGCAUGUGAUGCAUAAUAGGCUUCAGACAGCGAAGAGCAUAGAUGAGGUUAUUCGGCACCAUGAUUUUUUCCUUGAGAAGUGCCUGAGAGAAUGUCUGCUUCUCUUGCCUGAACUUCUGAAGAAGAUGGAGAGGUUAAAGAUGCUGUGUGUACAGUAUGCUGCAGCGGCCCAGUGGUUGAUAUCAUCUUCUGUCGACAUUCUGAAGAUGGAGGAACCAUCAAGGGAUCGAUCAGAGAAAUCAAAGCCAUGGAAAUCAAGAGGCUUAUCUCAGGGAAUGAUGUUGACCACCAGAAAUGCGACAGUAAUGGAUUCUAUUAUCACUUUCGAGAAGGAAUUCAGUACUGAGCUUCAUAGCCUGGGGCUGAUCUUGAGCAACAAUGCCCAGAAGGAGCCAUAUCUUACUCAUCUUGCACAGUGGGUUCUCGGUGUUCGGAGUAACCCAUGAAUAUCUGCAGGGCUGCUCUAUAUUCCUGAGGUUCUUCCUCAUCUAGUCCAUUUUUGCAACCACCGACGAUGAUCUCUUGACUGCCUCUGUGCAGCUUUGAGCAUCAUUUUUGGGAGAUUUCCAAUGGAUGCAGUUAAUGAAAUUGGACCUGCAACGGUAAAGGCUUAAGUAGUUCGUUGAGAGGUAGGAAUUUGUUUCUUCUGUAAAAGCAACAUGUCUUCCUCGUCUUGCUUCUGUUGGAACCGUUGGUUUUUUUCCAGUGUCUUGUCAGUUUCACCUGAGGAAAUACUCUGGCUGCUUGUAAGAUUAUUGAGUUUCUAUUCCUCGAGUUUGUAAGAUUAUUAUGUUAAUUCGAGAGAGGCUGAGUAAUUAGCGUAAUGCUCAACCUUAGAUUGACUUAAA